CGGACCAAAACUCAAGACCGACAGCAGGAAUGUCAAGCGGCAAGUAGCCAUCCCCCACGAUGUGAAAGUGUGCUUUACGCACUGUGGAUGAAAAUUGUUAUUGAAGAAGAAAACAACAAAGGCCUAUUUGUCAUCAGACUAUAAACAAUAGGUCCUACUUGCCUGACAUCGCGUGUGUGUUUCUGUCAACACCUGCACAAAGGUCUGAGAUGUCAGAAGGGUUGCAGUCUCACUUUACAACUAUGUCUUGAAUUGGUGGGCAUGUAAGACAAUUUAUACCUAUGGCAGUAUUUGAUGCCUUGGUGUUCUAAAUGUCAUUUUUAUGGCUGUAAAAUUAAAUACUAGAUAGAAACCCCUAAGGCUAUCACCGCUUUUUGACAUUUUUCUCUUUUUUACUGUUAAUCGAGCUUCUGAUUUCUGACUUGAGAUCUACAGUAGCUGCAGCUAACAGAGAAACACAAGUUCAGUCUUUGAUUGGUAUUCUUUUUUACUCAAUGUGACUCAGUCUGUUCUCCUGUGCUCUUUUUGACCCUUUUUCAUGCGCGUAUGCUCGAAAUGGAGUCCCAAACCCAACCUUCAAAGAUUGCCUGUCUUGCUGAUUAUUCUAUUUUAGGUAUUGGACAGACAAGUUGUUUGAACAUGGAGAGACAUGGGUCCAGCGGGGGUUCUGCAGGGUCACCUCCAAUUGGGCUAGGACUUGCGCUUGGACGUGGUGGCUCGACUGAUCGUAGACCAAUACCAAUCCCUGGCUGCACCUUAUCUUACGGCUUCACCAUUCUGCAACUUCAAGAGCUACAGCUCCAAUCUCUUAUCUACAAGUACAUUGAAUCUGGAUUCCCAGUCCCCUACCAUCUUGUUCUCCCAAUAUGGAAGAGUGUUUCUAGCUCCCUCAGCGGUUUCAAUUCAAGCUUGUACCAACUCUACCCUACCUUCAUGGGGUAUAGCAUCCCAUUGCAUUUGGAAUAUAAAAAUGGGAUGGACCCGGAGCCAGGGAGAUGUAGAAGAACAGAUGGGAAGAAAUGGAGGUGUAGCAAAGAGGCUCUUCCAGAUCAGAAGUACUGUGAAAGGCACAUGCAUAGAGGGCGCCAGCGUUCAAGAAAGCUUGUGGAAGCUGCUUCUCAAAACAAUAGUGCUAGCACCAACCUCUCCAUUUCACUUCCAUUCUCAAAUGAUCCAUCAAAUGGAGAAGUUGGAUUGAGGCCGUAGUUUCAAACAGGAGAAAGGUUGUUGUUGGUGAUAGCAUUGUCAGAAAUUUCGUGGGCUCCAGCGUUGUUUAAUUUUGCCUUUCCAAACAGGACAUGUUUGUAUCUCUGCUAGACCUUGUUCCUAGCGAAUUGAUUAAUUUUGGGUUUUGUAGCAGCAUAUCUUAUGGAAUAGGAUUUGCAUUUUAAUUGCAUCA